ACCUAUGUCCACGGGAUGGUUGAAACAUUGAGUAUCGCGGUUAUUGGAGCUCCCGGAGUAGGGAAAACUUCCAUAAUCCGUCAGUUUAUUUAUAAUGACUUCUCUGAGGUAUACAUUCCAACCCAGAGUAGAUACGUAUACAGACCAUCAGUCAUUUUGAAUGGUGUAAUGUACGACCUGAAGAUUUUGGAUGUCCCGCCAAUUUCGUCGUUUCCCUCCAGUCCAAGUCAGGAGUGGCAGGACAUCCGUUGCAGAGGUGUGCGAAAUGCUAAUGCCUAUAUCCUUGUCUAUGACAUUUGCUGUGUGGAGAGUUUUGAGUACGUCAAGAGCAUCCGCCAACAGAUAGUGGAGAACAGGGAGGGCAGUAACACAGAAGUGCCUAUCCUUGUGGUGGGCAGUAAGAGAGAUCUCCAGCGCCAGAGAUUUAUGCCCCGUCGUGCGGUCUCCGUGCUGGUGAAAAAGACAUGGAAGUGCGGGUACGUGGAAUGCUCCGCCAAGUACAACUGGCACGUGCUGCUUCUCUUCAAAGAGCUUCUGGGCAUCGCGGUGGCCCGCGGUCUUCGACAGAACCAUACCUCUACUCGUCUGCAGGGGGCGCUACACACAAACCGCUGCAUAGUGAUGUGA